AUGGUCAAGAACUUCCUAAGAGAACCCACUGCCAAGGAAAGCGAAGAGACGAGUCCCAGGAGGUACGCUUGCUGGAACAAGAGCUUUAUUCACCUGACGGUUCGGACUCCUGCCCGAACCCAUCAUCAGAGACAAUAGUAGAUAUCCCGUGUCUGUUUCUGUCUCUGAUGGUGAAUUAGAGCAGGAAUCCGAGACGUCAGGUGAAUAAAGCUCUUGACCCAGCGCUUGUUUUACCUUCUUCAGAACCCACUGCGUCGACAGAAACCUUCAAAAACGGUCGAUGCCGGAGAGUUUUGACGGCAGCGGUCAGUCUGGACACCAUCAGCAGCAGGGUGUUCACCGAAAUUGUGUAGGAUGCCUUUGGCUACCACGACAUUCACCGAGGUUGAAUGGACACUGGGGUCUUACAUGGUAGUGCCCCAGCUCAUCGCCUGCGACUAAGAUAGAAGUUUUUAGACAACACCCAACCUCCCGCCUGCGGUCCCUGAACUACCUUUCCACUGUCAGCGGCCCGGAUACAAAUUCCCUCGAAAAUAUUUUGAUGCUUACCAAAAGGAAGUAGCACAAGGCAGGCAAGGACCUACCAGUGCAAGACAAGCUUGAUUUUAUGCUUGGUGAAAACACUGACCGAAUGGCUAUGGAGAACUUGGCUGUUCCCUUGUCUGACAGACCCAAUAAUGCAUUACACGCAAAAGAACAGUCAAAACUGUACGCAUAUUGUGUAUUUGUCAUCCUUUUUCAUUGCUUUCUCGUUGUGAUGCAGUGCCGUUCGCUAUGCACCCGUAUUUACAGUCUUAAACAAAUCACAUGUAAUUUGUCUGUUUUCCAUAAUCCCGAGUUUCUGUAAAAGAAAUGUGUUUCUAGGUUGUUGAAUAGUCGUUUCUGAACCAAACUCUGCCUCCUUUUGAAUGCUGAUCGUUCUUUUCAUGAUAAAAAUCGCAGUGGGAGAAAUUCAUAACGCCUACUGCAUCUGUGGAAGAAUACUAAAGUUACGGAAAAAAAUGUGACUUGAGGUUUUGCCAGCCGCGUAAUUUCCAACGUUGCAAGUGACACCUUCGACCAAAACGCGCCUGCACUUUUUCAGGAAACCUGAUCUUUAGAUGCGCACAAAAAUCGGAAUGUUUAAAGGUAUCGGACGAUUUCAGCAGGUUUGUGAUCCAUAGAUGGCCGGCUACUCAAAAUGUAAGUGUCACAAGUCACUGCCAAAGGAAAAUCGAGGUCACUGUGCACGAACGUUAUGCAGUACAGUUGGCGAAGUCCUGCUUGUCCUUAUUCUGACGGCGUUUAUAGUUUAUCGAAUUUCGAAGGAUUGUAUUUUCCCGAGGUCCGACCGCGACUACGACACUAAACCUAACCCAAAACCUACUACAAACCCUAGCUCUAAUCCUAGGCCUAACCUUAACCCUGACUCAAAUUCUAACCCCAACCUUAACCUUAACCAUGACCCCAACCCUAGCCCUGAUUCCAAAUCAGAUCUAAACGCUAAACAUAAGCCUAAACCGCAACCGAAACACUAAUUCUAACCGGAAGCCUUAAACUGAACACAAAUCCUAACCCUGAACUCAUUUCUCAGCCUGAAACUAGCCCAAACCCUAAAACUGUCCGAUCACUUGUCGACCUCUCCCCUCAUACUUUGAUGGUAUUGGCGAUUGUUUGAGAAGCAUUACGACCAUGUUUGAACUCAUGCAAGAAAAGAAAACGCACUUCUUUAUAAAGGGCUUGUAUGCUUUAAAAUUGUGCCUUAACGAAAUAAUAGGAGAAUUAUCAAAGAGUACGCAUUACUCAUUAAGCCCGUAAAACCUAGUGUAAAACACCACAAAAUAGCAACUACUUUUAAUUUUUAAAAAAACUAGUCAAAAGAUCAGCGAGUAUUUUCCGAAGAACCCGAUAUCACAAUAUGGUGCCAUGGCCUGUUUUAUGAGUUUGAACUCCAGACACUGGCAUGAAGACUUAACUUACCGUGGCGGGACUGACUUAUGUAUGUGGACGUCUAAACGGAACAUGGAAACAGGAGCACUCCGCCCAAGUAAUAAAGGUGAACCUGUUCAUAAUUCUAGAAAUGGCAAAAUAUCCCCACAUCCUAACCCUAACAAUAACCCUUAUAUAAAAAUAAACCGUUACUCUAGUCGUGUCCCCAACCCUACGCCGACCCUUAACUCUGCAGUUAACACUGCCCCCUGCCUUAACCCUAAACUUGGUCCUGGCUUACCUUACCGUUAACUUUAAAUCUGACCUUGAACCGAAUUUUUAACUUAACCCUAACCCUAAUUUCACUGGAAGUUGGUCCAAAACCGCCCGUAUUGCAGGCGUUCCCUGUUCUAAUGUCCUGUUUGGGGACCGCAUAAGCCAGUCCUACCCUUACCAUUUCUAACGCUCUCAUUGCCCUCAGCAAUUGGUUCAGGCCAAUAAACACCGCUCACGCCUGAUGUUUGAUUGCAGUUAAUUAAUUUUGCACAAAUCCGGCCACCACCGUGUCAGUCCCUGGUCCUCUUAAGGCAGCGAGGGCUGGCCGACACCCCCUGGUCUGGUGGUAAGGUCUUGUUGGCUGUCCUGCUAUCAGGUCACGCCCGCGUGCAGAGCAUGGGAGAGACCCUAUUGGCUGUCGCAUACGCCUGAUCUGAUUGGUCCGAUCCUCCCUUGCACCCAGCGGCUACGAGUAAAGGCGAGGACUACUUGCAGGGCGACCAUUCUGGUCUGCGAGAAGGCACUGCAGUGGCUGUUUAAGGUUGGCGGGAUUACUACCAUGCACCGAUCGCGAGCAAGAUCAUCAGUCCUCCGUGGUCUUCCACCAGCUGCUUUGGUCUGCGGCAUAAGCAGGCACGUCUUUCGUGCCAAGUGCGGUGGACCUGCCUGCGGUGGCUGCCGUCAUUUGUCAGCCAAUCACCAAAAGCAGCUGAGUCAGGACUCCGAGAAGGUUCAGCGCAUUUUACAGCUUCAGCCGCGGGUGUCCGUCAGCGCGACCGUGAGGCCGACCUUGGAGACACGCAAAGUUAGUUGCCCUUUGGUAUUCGUGGAAUCUUUAACUCAAUUGGAAGUAAGUAGACCCGAAUGUCCGAGAGUCUCCACUGCGGACGCCAGAAUGAGAACGGGUAGGGCAGGGGAAUAUGAGUCCCAGGUCAGACGCGAUGAGAAGAAGCCCGCAACUAGCCCUCUUAGCAGAGCUGCCCCACGAACAGCAGGUGAUGACUGUCAGAUUUAAUUGUGGCACCAGAGAGUGGUCACGCGGUUGUAAACUAGGCGAAGUGCCCAGUCAAACAGUGGACAGCCUUCCUGAUCAUUUCGUACUGACCUACAAACGCCCUUUUGACGGCCGAAAUGGAGGUUACUCUUAGGAAUGAUAAAAAAGAAACUGCCUUCGUGAUGAAUCACGCACACUACGUCAGCUAUUGAGUUUAGAUAUAUAUGUAUAUGCAUAUAUAUACAGUGCGUGACCUAUCUCAUGAAAUGUUGGCUGAAAUUCUGAAAUGCGUUUUCGAUUAGGAAGGAUUACUUGGUCGCGGUUGUAAUACUGAUUAUCAUAAGGCAUACUCUUAGAACACUUCAGACUCGGCAAAAUGUCGGCUUUUAAAUACACUUCUUUUAAAUCUCCUGUAGAAAGCGUGCUCGGCAAAAAUGACUACUUAAGAAGCAUGCAUUUUUCCCAUCGAUUUUCGAUGGUCUUGGAAAUUCAAAUAUAUUUUAUAGAAACCGUGAACAAAAAUAUGCUUUCUUUUAAUCAAUCAAUAGAGAAUCACGUCUUCUUUAUAUUUUAUACUUAAGGAAGGAGGAUAAUUCGGUUUUAAAAAAAUUUUCUAAUUGCCGAAAAAUUUGGAGCCUGAUCAUUCGUUGCAUUAGCGCUUAGUUAUUACACUCUACAAAGUGCAUGCGUUCCGCGAAAAGAAAAUCCCAUACUUUUUUAUGUCAUUAAAAAGAUAUCAUACAGGGUCCAUAAAAUUUUGCAAUGGAUGCGGACCAUGUUGUACAUUUCAUGAGGAGCAGUGGUAAACGGCCAGGUACGAUGCUAUGUGAAUGGACAUAUCGCGGUUUUAAAAAGUCUCAUAAUUAGAAACUUUUUUUAAAACCUAAUUAUUCUCCUUCCUUAAGUAUAAAAUAUAAAGAAGACGUGAUUCUCUAUUGAUUGAUUAAAAGAAAGCAUAUUUUUGUUCACGGUUUCUAUAAAAUAUAUUUGAAUUUCCAAGACCAGCGAAAAUCAAUGGGAAAAAGGCAUGCUUCUUAAGUAGUCAUUUUUGCCGAGCACGCUUUCUACAGGAGAUUUAAAAGAAGUGUAUUUAAAAGCCGACAUUUUGCCGAGUCUGAAGUGUUCUAAGAGUAUGCCUUAUGAUAAUCAGUAUUACAACCGCGACCAAGUAAUCCUUCCUAAUCGAAAACGCAUUUCAGAAUUUCAGCCAACAUUUCAUGAGAUAGGUCACGCACUGCAUGUGUAUCAAGUGAAUAGUUUCAGAAAUUACUCAGUGCAGGACCUGGAGUUAAAUCUCCGGGACAUGUAUUUUUAGGGUCAGAACCAAAAUUUCAAUGAACAUUCGAGUCGAAGACAAUCAACUACUGUGGAAUAACCACGUAAUACCCAUUCUACAAACAAGUAGUACUACGAGUAGUAUGAAUUCUAUAUGGUGGUUAUUCCACAGUAGUUGAUUGUCUUUGACUCGAAUAUUUAUUGAAAUUUCGGUUUUGACCCUAAAACGUCAUGUCCCGGAGAUUUAACUCCAAGUCCUGCACUGAGUAAUUUCUGAAAUUAUUCACUUGAUUCCUCUCUGGAGUUCAUAUUACCAGAAAUCGCAUAGAGAACACUGGGGGUCCCACUUAAGAGCAGAACCCCUCGCAGCGGCAGAAUAUCGGCGAACCACGUGCCUGGGCUUUCAGCAAGUAUCUGUGUCGGGAGUACGGUAUAAUACCUUUACCAUAUAUGUGUAUAUAUACUAUCUUGCAUACAUAUACAUAUAUGGUAUAAAAACGCUUAAACAUCAGACUACAGGAUGUGCCCGUCCCGUUUUGUUUCGGAAUUCUUCCUAGAACCGCCGCUGGUAGUCUAAUAGGCGGGAACUGGAUAUGUAAGUCCACCGAGAAAAAAGAGCUCAGGGACUCCUGUAAUACGAGAAGGAUUCUAAUAUCCGUUUUAUCAGCGUGACAAUUAACGGAGUGUGCGGAGGUCAUUCAGAAAACUCAGAUUUCUGCCACCUGUUUGUUUUAACAUUCCAAUGAGGGGUCGGGGCAGACCGCGCAGUUUGAAAGAUGCAAAUUGUGGGCGCACAAACGGGCGGUUUAACAAAAUUUUGUAAUUACGAGUUCUCUUAAGAUCGUGAGAUGCUUAUUCUAAUAGCGCCUUAUGUGUCCAUUUAUUAAUGCUACUUGUGAAGUAUGCAAUGUAGUCCACUUAUUUUGCGAAAUUUUAUGAUUCGUAUGCAAUAUCUUCUUAAUAAAGUCGAUAAAUUCACGAUUUUCCCUACCCUCAAACGAGUACAGGAGGAGUAUUUUUGUGUAGGUUUCUUAUGCAAUUUUUUCGACUUUUAAGGAGCGUCGACAAAUCAGCAGAAAAGUAAUACUACUUAAGUAGCCGUUCUUUAUCGAGUGUAGUUUUUUUGCGGGUGGCUGGGAAGAAGCGCCUUCAGAAGCCCACAUCCCGGCAUAAAUGAUUAUUAAUAGGUAUUUUGGCAGAUUUUGAAUAAUUCAUAUUGACCCAACUAUGAAAAACUCGGCGCCUCGGUGGGAUUCGAACCCACGCAGUAAGGAGAAGGCUUUAGUACAGCCAACGCUUUAACCACUUGAGCUACGAGGCCCCGCCGGACGACUCGAGUUUAAUCACAUUUGGGUCAAGUUUUACCCGCCCAACCUACUGCAACGUCUGGAAUCCACCAAAUCUGAUACAGUGGUUAGAGCGUUGGCUGUAUUAAAGCCUUCUUCUUACUGCGUUGAUUCGAAUCCCACCGAGGCGCCGAGUUUUUCACAGUUGGGUCAAUAUGAAUUAUUUAAAAUCUGCCAAAAUAUCUAUAAAUUACGUGAGUCUAGUAGUCAUCUGGUGGAUUCUAUUUGAAUUACUUAGGAAAUACAGCUUGGGCAGUCAACUUACUGUAUCAGAUUUGGGGGAUUCCAGACGUUGCAGUAAGGUGGGCGGGUAAAUUUGACCCAAAUGUGAUUAAACUCGCGUCGUCCGGUGGGGCCUCGUAGCUCAAGUGGUUAGAGCGUUGGCUGUACUACAGCCUUCUCCUUACUGCGUGGGUCCGAAUCCCACCGAGGCGCCGAGUUUUUCACAGUUAAGUCAGUACGAAUUAUUUAGAAUCUGCCAAAGCAUCUGUGAAAGAGAAUCGUUUAAAUAAUCGGCUCCACUAUCUAGUUAACACCUGCAUUCGCCAAGCGCACCCCCAAGGUCAUUCUUACAUCUACUAUCCGUGCUCUAUUGGACAUGGGAAUUGGAACCCCAGCAAUACAAGUAACCUCGCGUUAAAUUCCAGGGGGCUACCUAUUUUUACGUCACGACUUCAACCGUAGCCCUACUCCUGACCCCUGUGGUAUUUUUCUCAAGGCUACCUAUUAUUAUCGGGGACCCAUAUUCUCCUACCCAACUCCCAUGCAGGUAUUAUGGUGGAUUAAAUUGAGUCCGUCUCUGUGUCCGAACCCUACAUCUCGACCUCUUUGUAAAUCGAUGACGGAAAUCGGUCGACUUACAAAUACAGUAGAUGUGCUAACUCGUGAAAUAUUAACUGAAAUCCUGAAAUGCGUUUUCGACACGAAAAGGCUGUAGUACCAAUUACGGUACAGCACAAUCCCAUGAUAUUUUGGCUACUUUGUCGACUUUUGACCGGAUAUCUUUCUGGCGGGCAGAUUUUGAGACCGAACUGUGAAAAACUCGGCGCCUCGGUGGGAUUCGAACCAACGCAGUAAGAAGAAGGCUUUAGUACAGCCAACGCUCUAACCACUGUGCCAGAUUUGGUGGAUUCCAUACGUUGCAGUAGGUUGGGCGGGUAAAACUUGACCCAAAUGUGAUUAAACUCGAGUCAUCCGGCGGGGUCUCGUAGCUCAAGUGGUUAGAGCGUCGGCUGUACUAAAGCCUUCCCCCCUUACUGCGUGGGUUCGAAUCCCACCGAGGCGCCGAGUUUUUCAUAGUUGGGUCAAUAUUAAUAAAUGAUUAUCUCGUAAGAUAGUAAAUACUACAAUCCCACUUAAGUAAUGCUUUCUAAUCGAAAACGCACUUCAGAAAUUUCGUUGAUAUUUCACGAGAUACGUCACCUACUCUGUAUAAUCGGUAAUAAGUUCUCCUUACCGCACGCUACGUGUAGACGGACUGUGUAACUUUGUCAGUCCCUACGCCCGAGUCCACCUCCUUUCGCGCUGACAUUGUCUCACCAUUGAAGCAAGGAGGGUGAUAGAGAGAGAGCGCGAUAGAUGAAGGGAAGGUCAGGCUCACUGUAAAUUUAUUCACGCGCAAGCCACCAGUGUUGCCCUCGGUGGGUUUCGUCGCUUGCGACAGUCGAACGGUCACAUGUUCGGGCAUCUCGAGCAGGCUAGACGACCUGUUGUCUCUCUGUGUGUGUGUGUCUACUUUUGAAGUGUUUAGUCAUCCUGGCCCUGCCAACUGCUCCAAGUUGCUUGGUGGUUUUAUGCUCCCCACCUGAUAGUCUUGAAUGAGGCUGCGAAGCAAAACGAAAGGGGUGUAUGCUCCAGAUUCUGGACAUUGUCCGUACGCCCCCAGGAGCCCACGGAUUCCCUUCCCCCGCCGCUUCUGGCUGAGGCGUACUGUCUAACCAGUAAUCAGUAUGGAGUUUUCGUCUGCCUAUUUUGCGGUGAAACUACCUACUUUGUGCAGGAGCGUGUUGAGUCCCAAAACUGGGACAGAUCACGUGAUCUGCCUGUUCACCAAGACCGCUCUAAGGUGCACUAGACUGAAACGAGGUCCCGCGUGUUCAUGAAAUACGGACUGCAGCGGGACUGCAUGAGAUCUUAGCUAUUGCCGUGCGUGGCUGGAACAGACCACUGGCGCGUGGGUGUCGAAGUACGAUAUGUCGACAACUCGAAAGUCCCCAAAUCAGAAGACGGGGAAGACAGUUGUGUUAUGAUUUUUGCCAGAUAUGUCGUCAGGUAUUCCCCUCCGACUAAUUUCCCCGCUCCUCCUGCUCCUCCUGCUCCUCCUCCUCCUGCUGCUGCUGCUGCUGCUGCUGCUGCUGCUGCUCCUCCUCCUCCUCCUCCUCCUCCUCCUCCUCCCCCUUUCCCUCCCUCACACUAUUAA